AUGUCUUACGUGAUCUUCGUAAUUAUGGAAAUUUCCAGCGAGUCUGCUAUACGAAACAACUUAAGCUGUCUUGAAUAUAGUAGAACAUGUCAAUCAGCAGCUUCCGGUAUGGCAGCUGGUAUCCUAGGAUUAACGGGUAUUCCUGGUUUCAUAUUUUACUUCGUCACUGUGGCAAUUCAGGCACUGUUCUGGGAAACGAAAGCUGGCUUUGAAUGGAAGUCGUACUUCCUCGAUCGAACGCUUUCCUUCACGCAUUCACUUGUUGGUGGUUUGUUUACUUAUAUACUCUUUUGGGUGUUUCUUUAUGGUAUGGUACACGUCUACUAG